AUGCCCACGCGAAGGAAACAACCAGAUCCACAACCCCUGCCGGCCAGGAAGCAGCAGCCGGCGACGAUGCAGACAAAAGACGACCUCGACGUGUCAGACACCGAAUCGUACUUUUCCUCCAAACACGAACCCGAAUACCUCACGCGCUUGACACUUGCCGUUGCCAAUGGUGCUCGACGUCGCCGUCGUCCGUUCCGCCAUCACAUCCGGCCCAUCAAGCAUGGGGAAUAUGCGAACGACGGCCCAACUUCACCAGCGACCACCAUCUCGACGUUCUCGCUGAAAUCUGGCGAGACUGGCUUCCGCUAUCUCGUCUCGGACGAUUCUGUCGAGGUCGCAGAAGAUUGUGCGAGGCGAAUCGACAGCCCCAAAGAUCGCCCGGCCACCGCAUCCACCAGACGCCAGAGAAGCAACUCUGGAGCAUCCGACGCCUUGCCUCAGAUCCAGGCUCCUUCGCUUGUGCUUCCUGACAGCCGAUACACUGCAUAUGACGACCUUGAUUCCGACUCGGACGAUGACUCGUUAAAGUCCCUCGAGGCAGGAUUUCUGUCUCCACACCAGCAACGCCGAGGACCGUAUGAUGGCCAGCGACACACGAGUUCGUCCCAGAGACUUCGAGGCUAUGCAUUGAGGCCGUCGAAAAGUACGGUCAAUAUCUCGUCGCCUGCUCUCGCAAAUCGGUUGGGUGUGCCUCUCAGCGCGGAGCUUGAAGUUUGGGUCGACGAUCUCAAGAAGUGA